UGUAGUUAUCCGUUUUCUAUGGAAUAAUGUUAUUCUUUAAUAUAUUUGGUAACUAAUUAAAUAGAUAAUGAUGGAGUUUUUCCUAAUCAAUCUCUACUUUGAUGGACGGUUGAGAUUAAAUCUUAAGGAAACCCUAAAGAGGAACUAGGUCCUCUCUCCGCCUAUAAAUAUAUGCCUUUAGUCCAUCAUAAAGGCAUCCCAAAAAGAAAUCACAAACACAACACAUAAAGUAAGUUUAUAGGCAAGGAGAGAGAAACCUAAUAACCUAACUAAGAGAUCAAGACUUCAGGAAACCGUUCAUCAAGAAUCUCAGUUACAAUGAAUGGAGCAUCUUUUCCUGAUAACUUGUCAUCCAUGGUCUCUGGUGUUCCAACCCUCAAUGGAACCAACUUCUCAGAAUGGAAAGAGAAAGUUGAGUUCACAUUAGGAGUACUAGAUUUGGACUUGGCACUUCGUGAAGAGGAGCCAGGUCCACUUACUGACACUAGUAGUGAGGCAGAAAAGAUUCUCCAUAAGGCUUGGGAGAGAUCGAACAGACUGAGCAUUAUGUUCUUUAGGAUGACAGUUGCUAGUAACAUCAAAUCUUCCCUUCCACCUAGUGAAAAGGCUAAGGCUUAUCUUGAUACACUAGCUGAACGGUUUAAGACUGCAGACAAAUCCCUUGCUGGGAAACUUAUGGCAGAUCUUACAACUAUGAAGCAUGAUGGCACAAGGUCUAUGCAUGAUCAUUGCAUGGAUAUGAUUAACCUUGCGGCUAAGCUUAAGGGUUUAGGAAUGAGUGUGGAUGAUUCAUUUCUUGUCCAGUUUAUCCUAAACUCUUUACCUCCUCAGUAUGGACCAUUCCAAAUUCAUUACAACGCCAUAACUCAAAAGUGGACGUCUAAUGAAUUGGCUAAUAAGUUGGUGCAAGAGGAGUCUAGACUUGACCGUGAAGGUAUAAAAGUUGCCCAUUAUGCCCAUGGAGCUGUACCUAAUGCUGGGAAAAGGCAUCAAGUGAGCCAUAAAAGAGCACAACCCAGAAUGAAUGAUUCUAAUCAAGGUAACGAGAAGAAAAAGGCAAGGAAAGAUGAUAGAUGCAACUUCUGCAAGAAGUCUGGCCACUUUCAGAAAGAUUGCCCUAAAAGAAAAGAGUGGUUUGAAAAGAAAGGGAUUCCUUACAACCCAGACCAUAAAUCCAAGUGAAAACUACUUGUUUAUGGGGAAUCGAGACAAAGCGCCAGUUGAAGCUAUUGGCACUUAUCGUCUCAUUUUGGAUAGUGGAUUUUGUUUGGAUUUAUUUCAGACUCUUUAUGUUCCAUCUAUUUCCCGUAAUUUAGUUUCAUUAAGCAAACUUGAUUUGGCUGGUUUUAGUUCAACUCAAAGAGAUGGUUGUUUCAAUUUAUUUAUGAAAUCUAAUCGAAUUGGUUUUGGAAAA